UUCCUUCAUGCAACUGUAGGUUUUUUCGUGGAGAAAAAUCCAGUUUCUCCAGAAAAUGGAGAGACAAGAACCUCAGCUGAGGAAUCUGGCAUCCAAACUCUGAGAAAUAAGAGCUCAUCACUUCAAACUUGGUCUGUCCUGUGGUUACAGUGUUAUUGUUCCUGGACUCAACCAAUGGCAGGCUCACAUUGGAGAAAUCAAACAGUUGUCACAGAAUUCAUCCUCCUGGGUUUUGGGGAUCUCUCUGACCUGCAAAAUCUUCUCUUCCUGAUGUUCCUAGUAACCUACAUCGCAACUGUAGUUGGGAACGCCCUCAUCGUGGUGCUCAUUGUGGCUGAUCAGCACCUUCACACCCCCAUGUACUUCUUCCUGGGGCACUUGUCCUGCUUGGAGACCUGCUACACUUCCACCUUUCUGCCCAGGUUGCUGGCCAGUCUCUUGACUGGGGACAGAACCAUCUCAGUCAGUGGCUGUUUCACACAAAUGUAUUUCUCUGGUUCCUUGGCAGCUACUGAAUGCUAUCUCCUAGCAGCUAUGUCUUAUGAUCGGUAUUUAGCUAUAUGUAAACCCCUGCACUAUUCAGUUCUUAUGAAUACCAAGUUUUGCCUACAAUUGGCUGCUGGGUCAUGGUUCAAUGGUUUUUUGGCGAUUACCAUCUUUGUCCUAUUCAUAUCACAGCUAAUAUUCUGUGGGCCAAAUCAAAUCAACCAUUUCUAUUGUGAUCCCAUUCCACUGAUGGAACUGUCCUGCAGUGACACACGCCUGAUGUUAUUGUUCAAUUUCAUUUUAAUUUCUGUAUUCACCCUGCCACCAUUCCUACUAACCUUGACAUCCUACGUGUGUAUUGUUGCCAGCAUCCUGAGAAUUCCUUCCACCACCAAAAGGCAAAAGGCCUUUUCCACCUGCGCAUCUCACCUCAUAGUGGUGACAAUUUUCUAUGGAACCCCAAUGAUUGUCUACAUGCUACCGAAACGUAAUACACUGAGAGACCUGAACAAAGUGCUCUCUCUUUGCUUCACAGUCCUGACUCCCCUGGUUAACCCUCUCAUCUACAGCCUGAGAAACAGAGAGGUCAAGGAAGACUUGCGCAAAGCAGUCAGUAAAUGUGGUUUUCAAGAAAACCAUGCCGAGACUCCGAGAUAAUAAU